AUGGAGAGGGGCAACGUUGUUUUGUAUGUUGGGUGGAACAGGUGCAAGCAGCAGCUUCAGCUGUGCCAACCCAGCGCCACCAACACGAAGAGUGCUACCAAAGCCUCGGACCGCAAAGGACUGGAAGACGCCAUCCGCCUCAGCCUUUGCGCCCUCCAGGAGCGCCUGGCGCAGUCGUCGACCUCGGAGCUCCCCGUGUCCCCGCCCCCAGGCCUGGCCCCGAGCGCAUCGGUGGAGGCCCCUCCGAGUUUGAGCAAAGCGCCGGAGGUGCCCCAGGCACAGGGCCAGGAGCAGGACGUCAUGCAGCUGCUGAACCUCCGCGGUUUGUUGCUGGAUCGCCUCUUGCAGAAGGAGGACAAUGUUCAGGCCUACAACCAGGCCACUUUCAUGGCGAUGCAACAGAUGCAGGACGGCUGA